UCUUCACUCCCUUCUUGGUUCUUGUUCUUUCUGCGCAUUCAUGGAUGCUUGGGCUUUUGUUGGGUAGUGAGAUGAUUUCUCGAGUCAUGUUUUUUCCUUUCGCAUUGUUGGGAGGGAAAGAAGUCAUCGUGCCAAUUCUGGGAUGUGAAGAAAUGUGCUUCAAUCCUUGGUGGGCACCUUUUCCUUUUUGCUUUUUCUGACAUAAUUGGCGAGAGAAAGCUUAGGUAGUCGACCAAAGUAGUUUCUGAAGAUGGUGGGCACCAAGUUUGGGUUCUGGGGGAUGUGAAGCAAUGAGUUUCGAAUGAUGGGUCUUCUUCUUUCGUUUUUGGUAGAUCUGAUUGUAGUUUUGUAACUAUUCGUGUAGAUGAAUCCUUGCUUUUAAAUAUCCGGAUUUUGCUUCAUGUGUUUCAUCCGGAAUAUGUUGUAGUCGUUUGCUGCCUUUCUGCUCAAGUUGUUCAAUUUGAUUCAGCUGGGGAUUCUGCGCUAGCAAGUCGCCAUUUCUAAUUGGAAUUUACUUGAACCUUAACUUGGCUACCCUUGUUGAUCUUCUCAGCGUGAACCAUCAUUCUAGUUUUGGCAAUUGUUUGCUUUGCAGCAGGAGAUGGUUUCUAUUGCAUGGUGGACUAAUUUGGAUGAGAAAGGGAUGUUGUAACCGCAGCCUAGCUAUGAUGACAUGCCUUGCCUGUCAAGCCGCUUUGGUUGAGCUGCCUAUACUCGCGCUUUAGGUCACCAAUUGUUGACGACUCUUUAUGCUUUGCCGGCUCAUAGCAGCCAUUCUCGGUGUGAUGUUACAGCAACUCUGACAUUUGUGCUUUGCCGGCUCAUCGCAGCCAUCUCCGUGUGAUGUUACAGCAACUCUGACAGCUGGAAAAAUUAUCUUCUUUGGAAGAGCCUUUUGCAGUUGCAUAGCUGAAAAGAAUUACGUUGGAAAAAUUGAAAAAUUCGGAGGUGAAGAUAAUCGUGUGUUAUAAUGAGCGUCCAAGGAAACCAUGUGCAAGCCAGUGACUGUGGAUCGGACAAUGACAAAAGCAAAGUACCUUCGGUUUCUGAAGUCGAAAUGGAGCAGAUCACCUCUACUUCUUACGAAGAAGUAGAGAGUGAAGGCUUGUUGGAGAUUUGCCGUGUUUGUCAAUGCAACGAGCCUGAUAAAAGGGGUGAUGCGGCUUUGGUUUUCCUCGAUAUUACUCCCCCCAUAGACAUUCGCUCAGGAGCUACUACGGAAAAUUGUUUGGGUGAUAAAAAUACCAUUAGGCAUACGUGUGGCAGUAAUGAUGAUCCCAAACUUUGUGAAAGAGAGCCUGGCUUAGUCAAAUUUGUUGGCCCUGAAGGUGAGAUCUUCGUCUGCAAUGCUGAUUUAGAAGCAGGCAAAUGCCAUUAUCAGGAUGCAUUGAUCAACCUUGGAUGUUCAUGCAAGAACGAUCUUGCUCUUGCUCAUUAUGCUUGUGCUCUUAGGUGGUUCAUCAACCAUGGAUCCACUGUCUGUGAAAUUUGUGGUAGUGUAGCAACAAGGAUCAGAGCCACAGACUUCCAGAAAGUCGUGGCCUCGCUAAAAGAUUGUGAAACUUUGAGAGAAAGAACUGCAGCAGGAGUGGUUGCUUCUGCUGAUGUUCAGGCACAUCCUGGUGUGGAUCCUGAUGCUGUUGCUGCAAUUCGAAGACAAAGGCUCACUGAGAUAUCUUUAUGGUUUAGUCCACAAAAUCAUUUGACGACAGUGUCACAGGCUGCUCCUGAACAAGCUUCCACUGCCCCAGCUGAGGAUGCUGCUCCUAGUGAAAGUGUUACCACCAAAUGGGCUGUAGAAGGUACAGGAAUACUUGUUGCCACUGGACUGCUUACAGUUACUCUAGCAUGGCUGCUUGCACCUCGUGUUGGAAAGAGGACUGCUAGAAGUGGUCUUCACAUUCUUCUUGGAGGACUUUGUGCUUUGACGGUUGUGGUGUUCCUUCGAUUUGCAGUGUUACCAAGAAUCAAGUAUGGACCAGCGCGUUAUUGGGCAAUCUUGUUUGUGUUCUGGUUUCUUGUUUUUGGUAUCUGGGCUUCUCGCACUCGUGGCUCACACUCUACAUGAAUCACCGUUGGUUUACCUGCAACAAAUGUUUUUUUCAUCGUUGUUCAUUAAGUUUUUGUAUAAUUCUAGUGAAAACAUGAGCUUGCAGUUUUGCUGCCCUGUUUGCUUCUUGGCAGACGGAAUGAUUAAUUACUUUGCUUGUAUCAACAAUUAAAGGAAAAUCCUCCAUUAUUUCCCAUCAUUGUUGGAGGCAUUCGAAUUUUGAUUGAUCAAAUAUGUGCAUUGAAGUAAUGUUUGUUUUA